AUGGAUAAUGGCGACCACUCCAGAAUGGCUAGUCUGUGUGGCAUCUUCUCCUUGCCAGGAAAUCCAAAGAAGGUGCGCUUUCAGACCCAGCCGAAGGCUUGUAGUCAUUCCGUGCCAGAGCUGACUGUCACAGCUCCUGAAGAUGACCAAGAAAGCAUGGCUCAAGCCCAAAUCACCAUUGGAGUAAGCACGAUCAACAACGGGCACAUUUGCACGUCAGGUUUGACAGUACCGCUAGACCUUAGCUUGAGCUUAAUGCUGCGCUGGCUCUACGUACUUAAUCGCUGGGGAGCAUAUUGA